ACUAGUGCAGUCCAUUGGUCAUGCUUCAAUUUACAACUUUGGUGAUCAUCUCGACUCUCCCUAGAGGGUUGAGAAAAACAUGGCUUUGAGUUGGCUUCUUCAUUCUACAUACACCAUUGUUUUAGGGUUCCCCAAGGAUACGGGCAACAAGAUUUUAGGGUACCCUAAUGAAGAAGGUGGUAUCCAAGGGAUAGCCAAAAGCACAAAGUUGUCAGAGGAUGAUGGGUUGGCUCAGGUGGAACCCACCCCUGGGUUCCAAAUGCCUCUUCAUUAUCCUCGUUAUAGAAAGGGGGACUAUGAGAAGAUGGAGGAGUGGAAGGUGGACAUGCUUCUCAAGGAAUAUGGCCUAAGUUUUAAGGGCACCUUGGAUGAGAAAAGGACUUAUGCAAUGGGGGCAUUCUUAUGGCCUGAUCAACUUUGAAUGCCUCUUCAACGCUUGAAUAAUGUUGCUUCUGUUUCAGGAAGACUUAUAUAAUAAACUCAACACAUAGCUUUAUAUACAGUGUCAAUUAAUGAUGUUCUAUUUUGUAUUUAAUUAGUAUAUGUAUAUAAGUUUUAGUUUUGUAUGUUUUUGGUCCAUCAUCAGGAGCUUGCUACAAUAGCUUUAUAUAAUCAGUGUAUAGAUUUCAAAUUUAGUAAAUAUAUGGAGUAUAUAUAUGUGUGUGUGAGAA